AUGGAGAAAUUAGAAAUUAUGAUAAAGCUUGCUACAGACCGAAAUAUAGACCAGGUUUUAUUGGAAUUUAAGGGAUAUGCUACUGGAGUUGAUGUAGAUUUUGUUAGAAAGGCUGUUCGUGCAAUUGGCCGUUGCGCCAUCAAAUUAGAGAGAGCAGCUGAGAGAUGCAUUAGUGUAUUGCUUGAGUUGAUCAAGAUAAAAGUAAAUUACGUGGUUCAAGAGGCAAUCAUUGUUAUCAAAGACAUAUUUAGACGAUACUCCAACACAUAUGAGUCCAUAAUUGCAACUCUUUGUGAGAGCUUAGACACCUUGGAUGAGCCGGAAGCUAAGGCAUCAAUGAUCUGGAGAAUUAGUGAAUAUGCAGAAAGAAUUGACAAUGCUGACAAGCUUCUUGUUAAUAUUGCUACAUUAUCUUCUGUUCAUCACAGCCACCCAUGUUUCUAUAAUAUAAUUCAACAGCUAUCUCUCAAACUCAUUAACCCCAAAAAACGUCUAUGUUCAUAA